AUGCUAGCACAACACUCACCUAUAUUCCCUCGCUCGAGAUUAACUAUAUCACCAGAAAGAAGUGGCCGUAAUUUUGCUCAGCUGAUAACUUCAACAACCCUCUUACCUGUACUUCCCGACCAACCUACGGCAAAAAGUUCCUCAAUUGAAGUAUAUAUCAUUCCUACUGAGAAAAACUUGUUUGUCCAAGGAUUUAAUGCGCAUGAAUACACCUCCCAGCCUCCAACUCUCCUCCGUGGAUCUCUAUACCUACGAGUUUUGAAACAAUGCAAGAUCAAAUCAAUUACUCUCACUUUGAGAGGAAUUCAGAAAACUUUUUGGCCAGAUGGUAUACCACCCUUGAGACACCUGCAUUGGCAAUCUAACGAUUUGAUUACACAUAGUUGGCCAUUUUAUCGUUCUGAAACUAGCACUUGUAUUUCUGACAACGGGGCUGAUUGUUUUGUUGAAUUGAAUUCUAAAGAUGAAACAGCUCAUGAAUUACCCUUGCACCCCAAUAAUUCAAAUCUUGCUGAAGUAUUUUAUCCUGGUGAUUAUAUUUAUAAUUUUGAGCAUCCAUUGCCAGCCUCAAUACCCGAAACAUGUGAUAGUGAGUUUGGUCGUACAAGCUAUUGGUUGGAAGUAGUUGUAAGUCGUCAUAGAGUAUUCAAUCCAAAUUUGUCGGGACAAAUUCCGAUAACUAUAGUGAGAACGCCGUUAGUUGAAAACGUUAGAGAUAGUGAAUCCGUUGUUAUUACUGACGACUGGAAAGACCAGCUUCGAUUUGAAAUCGUUAUUGGUUCCAAAACAUUUCUGUUGGACUCAUAUUUGCCCUUGGUGUUUAGAUUUGUUCCUCUCUUUGGGAAACCAGCGGUGCAUAUGAUUCGGGUGUAUUUAACUCAGACUAUGAAAUAUCGCUAUCCGCCUAAGAAUGCAAAGCGUCUGGAUCCAAUAACCAAGACUAUGCUACUAAAAUAUAAGGCAAAACAUGGGCAUUCUCUAUUAUCUGACACCAGUAAUGACUACAACUAUCUACCUAGAGAGUUGGAAUUUCAGAUGUAUGUACCUCAACAGUUUGAAAGCUCUUCUUAUUCCAAGAUUCAUCCAGACACUUCUUAUGAAAACAUCCAAGUGAAGCAUACAUUAAGGAUUUGCCUUAGGCUUUCCACACUUGAUCCUAUUAAUCCUGGGAAACGGAAAUAUUUUGAAGCUUGUAUGGAGGCACCUGUGCAUGUGUUAUCUCCCCUCGCAACUUCCCGACAUACAUUACUUCCCGCGUAUAAUGACCUCGUUCCUCCCCUUGUGAUGGACAAUAUUCCUCAUUGGAUUCAUGAGCGUUCUGGUUCCUCCUCGAGUAGUAUUUUUGAACAAACAACUUCAGAUAACCAAGUGCAUACAGAAGCACAGGAGACUCUUGGCUUCCACCAUUUGACAACCAGCGAAGAUAGUAUUGGUUUCGAACGCACGACGCAUUUGGAUGCUAAUUUAUACAGCCCCACAAAGUCUAGCACAUUGCAAUCUCAUAUAUCCUCACCAUAUAUGAGCACUUUUGAGGCUCCACUUGGCAUUCCAUUCAGAGCCGUUCAUCUAUUACGCAAUCCUAGUUUCAACCCACCUCCGUUUGAUGCUGAUAUUCUGCCCCCUGGUAUUGAUUAUCUUCCACCCCCUGCCUAUGACGGUAGUUAUUUUGAACAGCAAUUGGUAGUUUAA